UUCAAUAGCUUCUUCGAAUAACUUCUUUCAGUUUCAGUUUAUUAAUGGAAUCUUGGCGGAUAAUUUAUACUUAUUCUCUUAAAUUCUUCGAAACGAAUUCCAUUUCAUUAAUUUUCAUCGUGUCGAAAUAUUUCGCUCCUCUAUUUCCUCUUACAUUUUUGCCUCUUUACAAUCAUUUACAAAUGGCCCCAAAUAAGUCGAAGAAGGGAAAAGCUAGACAUCAGGAAAUGAGAAAAUUUACUAACCAACGCAUAAGUAAAGACAACUACAAAUCUACCAAGUAUGAAGUUAAGAUAUCCAAAAGGUUAGUUUCUAUCUUACGACAUAAUGCUAAGAAGAUGAAUAUUAAAAUGGAUCCAAGAGGCUUUGUUAAAGUAAAUGAUUUGCUGAAGAGAAAUGAAUUUAGGAAUUUAGAUCAUAAUGCCAUCAAGCAUAUUGUGGAAACCAAUGACAAGCAGAGACUUUCUUUAAAACAUGAAGGCAACGAGCUAUUAAUUCGAGCAAAUCAAGGUCAUUCAAUGCAUAUAGAAAAUCUUGCUUUGAAACCAAUAUUAAAAGGAGAUAAUUUCGAUAAUGUAAUUCAUGGAACCUAUCUCAAAGCGUGGAAAAGCGCAAUCAAAAAGGAAGGCCUGAGCAGAAUGAACAGAAUGCACAUCCAUUUUGCCAUUGGAGAACCCGGUGAACGUGGAGUGAUUAGCGGCAUGCGCUCAUCUUGUCAGGUUAUGAUUUAUUUAAAUCUGGAUUUAGCUUUAAAUGAUGGACUGACAUUUUUCUUAUCCGAGAACAAUGUAAUCCUCACUGAAGGAGAUAAGGAUGGAUUUGUUAGACCAAAAUAUUUCCAAAAAGUCAUCGAUAGAAAGUCGAGACGGUGUCUCUUGGCCCAAUAAAUGGAACUUUGCGUUUAA